UGUGACCCUGGGAACGAGGAUGACAAAUCGGUUGUCAAUGAAUUAGGCAGUAUAAUUCAUCUGUAAUGCAAAGUCCAUUAAUCGAUAUCAUUGGUUUAUUAUUUUAUAAGAAAUUCCCCCAUCUUGAAUCUUAGAUUUAUAUGCCUUAUGGCCUUAUGAUUUUUUUAAACAAUUCUUUUAAAAAAGUGAGAAGUGCAAAUGAAUGUUAGUAUAAUAAAGUUUCGCCCCAUGACAGGUAAUCCGGAAUCCGGAAUCCAUGAAAAAAUGAGACUUGGAAUCCGGAAUCCACACACUAGGAUCCGGAAUCCAAGACUUAAGCUGGAACCCGGAAUACAACUUAGUAUAAAAAUUAUUUUAAUAUUUGGCUUCUUUUUCCAAAAGAACGAUGGUUAUGGUUCAUUUUGAUUUAUCUGUUUAUAUGCACUUGAUUUUCAUUUCAACCCUUUGGCGGUUGACGAAGAAGCCAUUCCAUGGUUAUUAUUUUAUUAGCCAAUGAGACGCGGGUAGGUUUGAACAUGCGAUCAAUCACCUCCAAGUUCUCGCUUUUUAUCUUCACACAGGCAAGAAUCAACAACAAAGGAGGUUGUCUACAGACAUCGACAAAACUAGGAUUUCAAUAACUACUACUAUAAUCUUCAACAGUCACGACACGUCAAGACACGUCUGAGAUGGGAAAGCACAAGAAAGAAAAAAAAAACACAGGAAAUUCAAGAAGAGAGAGCAUGAGGAAUAUGCUAAAAAAUGGAAAAGAAAAAUAAAACAAGAAAGGAGUUGUCCUCUUUCGCCAAUGUCUAGCAAAAAAAGGAGGCGAGUUCUGCGAUCGCCCUCUUCAAGCUCUGAUUCAUCCAUUCAGACAAGCCCAGAAAGGAAGGCAGAAUCGCAAUCACCAUUUUCAACCCAGAACCAACAGGAAGAGCUGAGCCUGCCAAUUACUUCAGCAUCACACCCCAGCCAUCCUAAGCAGCGCCCAAUAGAUACUUUUCUUCGUAAAGCGCCACCAUCUUCUUCUUCAAAAGUGGAAGCUUUAGAACCUUGUUUCAAACUUCUUGCUGCCAAAUACCGCUCAGAGCCAGCAUUCACCGCUAUUCAGCCAACAACGUUGAAAAUAAAAGUUUUCAAGAACCCCCCUGAUGCCAGUGGUCGCUAUGCGCUGGAAAAUAAGCGCCUUUGGCAUGUCAAUGCCUCAAAUAUUGGAGAACUCACUCUGGCAAAAACAACUAAGCAGUUUAAAGAGUACUUCAACACAAAAAAUGAGCUGAAGUUGUCGUACUUUGACGGAGAAGAAGAAAUGUUAAUUUUGAAGAACGAAGAUUUGAUUGAAACAUGUUCUUUCUUUCUACAAUGCUUCCAGAAGUAUGAAAACCAUACCGAAUUUCUGAAAACAUAUGCUACCGAAACGAUGGCGGAUACGCUUAGUACAACCUCAGUAAAAUUUGCAUUACAAAACAAAGCCUCUGUUCUCAGCAUGUACAACGCCGCUACGAGAUCGGCACCACAGCAAGACACCAACACCAACGGGCCGACAGGCGAAACAGAAUCGAGAGACUACAAGAAAAUGCAGAAGAUGAAGGUCAAUGUCAGCAAUGAAUUCAAUGGCAAAGAAGAGCAGGCAGAUGUGAUCAGCAAAUCAGAAAUCAAAUGUACUGCCUGCAAGUGUGUAAUAAAACUCGGAAAGCCUUUUAACAUCCAUAACUUUAGGAGACACACCAGACGCUGCAAAAAGAUAGACGGGCAAGCUUCGAAGUCCAUAUCAAGCCUAUUUAUGGCAAUGACUGCAAUCGCCCAGCGCGUCUCUGACAAAGCGAAGGAAAUUGUGGAAUAUGUCCUUGAACUUCGGAACAAAGGAGAAUCAUCGAAUGAUUCAAUCGACGUCCUUUUAACCGUGUUAGAUGGUGUCGCGGACAGGCCCUGUACUCUUGAGGCUGCUACAGACGACAUCAAACGCCUUUGUCUGAAAGUUGUGGGUUCUUCCGCACAUCCCCUCCUCGUCCACUUAUCAGAGCUGUGUGAGGAAGGCAACAUCAGUGAGCCAAAUGAUAGUGACGAGGAACGGAGCUCAACUAGGGAAGGUGACGAUGAGGAAGAACAUCAAGACAAUUCUCCGUUAUGA